UGCCAAUCCCUCUCCGAUCUCUUGCUCUAUUUCUCUCUCCAUUAUAUAAAGCAAAAGGGUCUCAGGAUUAGCACUUUUUUUACCAAGGCAAAAAUUACACAAACAGAAAAGAGAAGAACGAGAAAAAGAAAAGAAGAAGAAGCCUAGUUGAAGCAAACGGAAAGAUAUUAUUUGCUGAGAAGUGAAGAGGGUUGAGUGGUUUUGGAAUGGGAAGACCACCAUGCUGCGAUCAAAAUGGGGUCAAAAAAGGUCCCUGGACUCCCGAAGAGGAUAUCAUACUGGUGACUUACAUUCAGGAGCAUGGACCUGGGAAUUGGAGAUCUAUUCCUACCAAAACAGGGUUGGUCAGAUGCAGUAAGAGCUGCAGGCUUAGGUGGACUAAUUACCUAAGGCCAGGGAUCAAAAGAGGCAACUUCACAGAUCAGGAGGAGAAGAUGAUCAUCCACCUUCAAGCUCUUCUGGGCAAUAGAUGGGCAGCCAUAGCAUCAUACCUUCCUGAGAGAACAGACAAUGACAUUAAAAACUACUGGAAUACACAUCUCAAGAAGAAGCUCAAGAAACUAGAACUAAGCCCUUAUGAAGAUCCAAUUCCAAUGUCUAGAGGCCAAUGGGAAAAAAGGCUCCAAACUGACAUUCACUUGGCCAGACAAGCUCUAUGUGAUGCCUUGUCUCCCGAAAAGCCCUCCGCUUCAUCUGAUCUCUCUGAAGCCAAACACAAGCCCUUUCCUGGAUCUUCCCUUUCAUCAAAACCUGUCCAAACACUGACGACUAUUUACCCUUCAAGCACUGAGAACAUAGCUAAGUUGCUCAAGGGGUGGACAAAAGAUCCGGCAAAGCAGGCUCACAGAACGGUGGUGGCGGAUUUAAGCAUGACUGAUUCGACAUCUUCAGGAGGAGGGAUGCCGAGCAACAGGACUGAGGUGUCUGAUAAUGUGUUCGAGUCACUGAUCAAAUUGGAGUCGUUAGAUUCUUCGACCUCUGGUUUCUCCCGAUCAAUGUCACCCGAGAUCAGCCAUCUCCAGGAUGAGAGUAGGCUGAGGUUUGGUGCCGACGAUCAGGAGCAGUUGUCAUUGCUAUUGAAUUGGCUGUUCGAUGAAGCAGGGAAAGAGCAGCUUUGUGAUUUCCCAAUGGCUGAUAAUGCAGAUUCUUUCUGACGUGCUUUAGUCUUUUUCCAGCUUCAUGAUUAUGACUUGAUUUAUGAUUUUUUUUUCUUGUUCAUUUUGGACUUUACUGAUUAAUAUUAUUCCAUUC